AUGGCUUCCAAGCAGGUGCUCGUCGCCGUGGUCGCCACGGCCGCCCUCGCCGUGGCGUUCCUCCCGGGGCUCGCCGUCGCCACGGAGUACGUGGUCGGCGACGACAAGGGCUGGACCCUCGAUUUCAACUACACGGCCUGGACCGAGACAAAGCAGUUUGUCGUCGGCGACACGCUAGGUAAUGACAUACCUCCAUUAAUCCAUUCCGUCCACGCCGUACGCUUGAUCGCUCCAUUUUCUCUGCGACGCAAGGCUAAUUUCGUGCUAACUAUAUUGAUCGCAGUGUUCGAGUACAACAGCGGCGCCCACAAUGUGGUGGAGGUGGGCGGGCCGGACUUCCUCUCGUGCACCAAGCCGGCCAAUGCCGUCGUCUGGAACUCCGGCGAGGACCGUGUCACGCUCGACAAGGCCGGACGCAGGUGGUUCUUCUGCGCCGUCGGCCAGCAUUGCCAGAACGGCAUGAAGCUCAAGAUCACCGUCCUUGAGACCGCUGCACCAACUCCCCAGCCGGCCCCGGCCCCGUUCGCAUAA